UAUGGAGUCCCUUGAAGAGAUGCUUCGUAAGUUAUCAGAGUUGGAACAGCGUGUCCUAGAGGCAGAAGGACGUGCUAAUGAGGCAGAAGAUAAGGUACGGAUGAUGGAGGAACGGCUUGUGAAGGGUGAAUACUGUUUAAAUACUUCCGGAGUUGGUUCUCCAGUACAUUCUCUGCCUUCAACUUCUGAUACUCAGAAUGAAAAAAUUGAAGAGGUUCAUUGCGCUUGUAUUUCUAAAUUAGAGACUCAAGUCGAAGAACAGCGACAGUUACGACUGCAGGACGCAAGACAAGUUGAAGCGAAAGCCGCACGAAUAAAAGAGUGGGUGACGAACAAACUGCGGGAACUUGAGCAACAAAAUCAGCAUCUACGAGAACAAAAUAAUAAGUGCAACCAACAACUUGAACUUUUGCGCAAUCAUAUCACUAAUAUUGGAUUGAGACCGCCUUUGCCAACCCGAGCCUCUUUAUCUUUGGAAAUCGAUUCGAGUCUGCGCAGAAGAUCGGAGAGUUUGGAAGGCACGGCCCAGGUGAUCCCAGAAAAUAGUGGUAUCGGCGCGGGAAGUCAGCUACUCCAGGCCUCGGGGAGUGUAGCUGAGCCACAAACCAUAGUUGGUACCAGACAUCGUAGGCACUUAUCUGCUUGCGGUACUAUUCAGCAAUCCAGUCAAACCGCAAAUAUGGACUCCAGUUUGCUAUCCGAGGAGUUGGCUGCAGCAGUAGAGAGUCUUGUGAUGUUGCCGAACACGGCGUCCAGCAUCGCUACGGGUGCAGCAUCCGAGAGCCAUAGCCGCCAAAGUCGCGACAGUGCAGAUAGCGGGAACGAAGCCAUCCACGAUUACGCCGAGAUCUAUACCCCAAGUCGUGAAGCUGCUGCCUGGAUACAACAACAGCAUAACAUCAAUAUCCCGAAGCCACCGACCCCACCGCUUCACAGAUUCCCUAGUUGGGAGGCAAAAAUCUACCAGGUGGCUGAUGGAGGAUUAGGAAUUGGAUCCCAGAUGAAUGAUGAAUCGAUUCCUUCAACAAUAACAAAUACAUCAAAGCACUCUCAUACUGGACACAAUUUAACAGCACACAAUUUACAAGGAUAUUGUGAUAUUUCAGUUCCAGUUUACGCUACAGUCAAAGGUCGAGCUAGUCAAAUAAGAUCAAUGCCUUUUGGCGACAGUUCCGACGAUAGUUCUGAUGGGGAAGAACACCAGAUUCAGACGGAGACAAACACACGAAUUACAAACAGUUCUUCUGAUAAUACAGAUUCAUCUCUGGGCAGCGGUAGUAGUCCGUCAAAAAGUAUCAAAACUACUAGCAGUCUUAGUCCAGCUAAACGUAGUUCUAGUGGCUCACCGAGUAAAAGCAUUAAGCGUGAAUCAGGACUGUCAGAAGACUACGCAAUACCACCAGAUGCUUUAAGCUCAACGUCUCUUGAGUCAAGCAUGCCAAGUCUUCUGCGUGUUUCUGGUGAAAGUCCAAAGAGACUCGAGUCUCUAGAGAAAACAGGUCACCUAGCGAAACUCGGUGGUAAACUCAAAACUUGGAGGAAACGAUACUUUGUAUUGAAAAAUGGUGUAUUAUGCUACUGGAAGAGCCAAAAUGAUAUUAAUCGGAAGCCACAGGGUCAAAUUUUUCUUGACGAAGUUUGCAGGAUAAAUAGAGCAGAAGGUGCAGCUACUUUUGAAAUUGCAAUUGGAAAAAAAACUUAUUAUUUAACCGCUGAUUGCAUAGCAACAAUGGAAGAUUGGAUACGAGUGUUACAAAACGUACAGCGACGAAAUGCUACGAAACUCUUAUUAAGUAAAGAAGACAAUAAACCAACGAUACAAGGCUGGCUUACAAAAGUAAAAAAUGGCCAUGCGAAAAAAUGUUGGUGCGUUCUUAUUGGAAAAAUGUUUCUUUAUUUCAAAUGCCCGAAUGACAUGAAUCCUAUUGGUCAGAUAAAUAUGCGAGACGCUCGCGUUGAGGAAGUCGAACAUGUUUCGGAUAGUGAUAGCGAAGAACGCGAAUCAGAAUCUGCACAUGAGCAGACAAUUGGAAUUUUCCCAUCUCAUCAAGGCCCGACAUACUUACUUAUGCAGCAUAAGCAAGACAAAGAUAAUUGGUUGUAUCACUUAACAGUUGUAUCCGGUGGUGGACCAAGUGCUGGUACCCAAUAUGAGCAACUCGUUCAAAGGCUCAUGGAGACCGAUGGCGAUCCAAAUUGCGUACUUUGGAGACAUCCUUUAUUAUUACAUUCUAAAGAGAAUAUAACAAGUCCCUUAACAAGUCUCACCUCGGAAAUACUGCAGAUAGAAGCCAUAAAAUUGUUCAAGGCUGUUCAACUAUUUAUGUCAGUCGCAGUCGAACAAGCCGGUAUUGACUAUCAUGUCGUUCUUGCGCAAAACGCCUUGCAACAGUGUCUAGAUCAACCGGAGCUUCAAUCAGAAUUUAUAUGCGCCUUGGUUAAACAAACCAGUCGUCACACACAGCAUCGCUUGGGCGUACAGCAACUCCUGUUGUGCGCCACCCACUCGCUCUUCACGUGCGAUACGCAGGGCCCCGGGACAAGCGGGGCCAGCGAUAAUGCGGACGUUCAGUCGACUGCAUCAACUUCUCACAGUCCUCCGCUCACGCAGGCUCACUCCUCCGCGAAUCUUCUUGACUGUAAGACCAACCCGGCCCAGUACGUCCUUGUCCAGGGGUGGCAGCUGCUUGCCUUGGCCGUCUCACUCUUCCUACCCAGGAACAAUCGAUUGCUGUGGUACCUUAAGCUUCAUCUGCAGAGGAAUGCAGAUACCAAAACGGAGUGUGGUAAAUAUGCAGCCUACUGCGAACGGGCGCUAGAACGCACUUUGCAAAAUGGUUGUCGAGAGGUAAAACCUUCGAGAAUGGAAGUUUUGUCAAUUUUGCUGAAAAAUCCCUAUCAUCACUCAUUACCUCAUGCAAUUCCUGUGCAUUUCCUCAACGGAACGUAUCAGGUCGUUAGCUUUGAUGGUAGUACUACUAUCGAAGAGUUCCUUAUGACCCUUAAUCAGGAGAUUUGCUGUAGAGAUGUACAUCAAUCCGGCUUUACGCUUUUUAGUGAUGAUCCAAUUGAAAAGGAUCUCGAACACUUCAUAGAUCUGCAAGCUAAACUUUGCGAUAUCAUUUCCAAGUGGGAAACAGCAUUACGAGAAAAAGGAUCUGGAAAGUUCGAAAACACAAGGGUGAUUCAACUUACUUAUAAAUCUCGAUGUUAUUGGAGACACGCAGCAAAAAUGGAAACGGAUCGAGAGCGGCUUUUGCUAUGUUAUCAAAUUAAUCAACAAGUCGUUCAUGGAAAGUUCCCGGUUAGCCGAGAAUUGGCCUUCGAACUUACAGCACUUAUGGCGCAGAUUGAUUGUGGAGAAUAUAAUAUAGAAAAAGCACGUGGCAGUGGAUCAAGUAACAAUCCCCACCAUUUAGUUUUGCAAGCCUUAGAUAAAUUUUAUCCCAUUAGAUACCGUUCAAACAUUACUGCUGAUCACUUGAGAGAGUUACAGGAUAAAUUACAAGAAAAAUGGAUUUCUUUAAAAGGGCGAAGUGUUUUAGAUUGUGUAAGAAUUUAUCUGACUUGUACAAGAAAAUGGCCAUUUUUUGGAGCAACACUUUAUCAAGCUAAGUUAAAACAAUCUGAUCCAUCAACGGUAUGGAUAGCAGUAUCAGAGGAUAGCGUUACCUUGCUCGAAUUACAAAGUAUGGCUAUUAUUUGUCGAUACAAUUACGGAAACAUCGUUACGUUUGGUGGUUGUCUGGAUGACUUUAUGCUCGUAGCAUGUCCAGAUGAAGGUGCUGCUGAGCAAAAGCUUUUAUUCGCUCUUAGUAAGCCCAAGAUUUUAGAAAUUACUUUAUUAAUAGCAGAUUACAUGAAUGCCUUGGGUCACACUUUACCUGGAACACCUCAAAUGAAUACUUUAACGCGAAAUGGCUCACAUCGAUCUAUAAAGUCUACCUUGAGAACUGCAACAGGUUCAAGUUGUCUGCCUAUACAACCCGACAUUCUUAAGUCUACUCCAGAUCAUCAACGGCCAUGAAAUAGCAAUU